AUGUCUGGUGGAUAUGGUGACGGUGUUGGGAAGGGAGGCGGCACUGGUGGUUCUAUUCGUGAUGCUGGUGGCGCCUUCGGUAAGAUGGAAGCCGCUAGAGAAGACGAAUAUUUUUAUAAGAUGCAAAAGCAGCAACUCGAAGAGUUGAAGGCGCAGCUUCAACAAGAAAUCGAGCAUCAUGAAAAGGAAGUGGAAAAUCACAAGGCGGUUCUUGAGAGACAUCGAAGACGUGUACAAGAACUGGAAGAGGCCGCAAACAAGCAAUGA